CUGCCCGGCUACACGGAGCAGCUUCUCCCCGACAGAGCAGAGAGGAGGACAUAUACAAAACAUAUAAAAACAUAUAUAAACCAUAUAUUAACCAUAUAUAACCCAGAAACUGCAGAACACAAACCCUGCACUGAUCCUCUCAGCAUGAAGCCGUGAAGAAGGAGGACCUGGACCAGCUUCAGAUACUCCAGAACCCUGCUGCCACUGCCUGAACUGAGGGCCCAAAACGUUCUAACCCAGGACCCACAGAAGUGAACGCAAGGGCAAGUGACCUGUGUGGAGUUAAGCUGAACACAAGCACACACACACACACACACACAAACACACACACACAUAGAAACUCAUAAACCAGCACAGCCCUCCCCAGCCAUGGCUCCAGAAUUCAGCGCGUCACACUGGUGAUCGAGGGGGCGUCCCAGGCAGAAGACAUGGUGGGACGGAGGGCUGGGCACCUCAGUGAAGCUAGCUGUAGUUACCAUGGAAACGGUGUGGAGGACCUUGGCCUGGGUUGGGGUCAUUGCCAUGGUGUCUGCUGGAGCAGGAGCGGGUCCCUCAGCUCAGGACGGCCAAGCUGCGUUCCUGUCCAGUCUGGAUCAAUAUGAGAUUGCCAUCCCGAUCCGCGUGGGUCCCGUGGGGGAGGUACUGCACACAGAGGAGCAUUCAGGUGGGCACGGGAGGCGGCGGAGGAGUGCGGAGAGGCAGCAGCCGGAGACCCCCGACCCGCAGGUGUUUUACCAGCUGUCCACGCCCAGCUCCAACCUGUUCCUGAACCUGACGCUGCAGAGCGGCCUGCUCUCGCGCCAAUUCCGCGUGGAGUACUGGAGGAGGGGCCGGCUGGCCUGGAGUCACCCGUACCUGCCUGGCUGCCACUACGUGGGUCACCUGCAGCACCAGCCUCAGGCCAGCACUGUGGCCCUCAGCAACUGCAACGGCCUGCAGGGGGUGAUUGUAUCUGGUGGAGAGGAGUACCUCAUUGAGCCCUUGGUUUCUGCUGAAAACCACACCAGUGUGGACGGGAGAGAAGGACGCCCCCAUGUGGUGUAUAAAAGAUCGUCCUUGCGACACUUGUACAUGGACCAGUCCUGUGGAGUCAUUGAUGAAAAACCCAGCAAAAGCUUCAGUUGGUGGCAGCGAACCAUCAAACCCUCCCCCAACCAGAUGGGCCGUGGCCAGCUGCCUCUGAAGCGUUCGGUUAGCCGAGAGCGCUAUGUGGAAACGCUGGUGGUGGCGGAUAAGAUGAUGGUGGGGUACCACGGCCGGCGAGAUAUUGAGCAGUACAUCCUGGCUGUUAUGAAUAUUGUUGCCAAACUGUUCCAGGAUUCUAGCCUGGGGAACGCAGUGAACAUCGUGGUGACUCGACUGAUCUUACUAAUGGAAGACCAGCCCAGUCUGGAAAUAAACCACCACGCGGGGAAGUCCUUAGACAGUUUCUGCAAGUGGCAGAAAUCCAUCCAGCACCGGAGCAGCCAUGGAAACGCCAUCCCUGAAAACGGCAUCGCUCACCAUGACACGGCAGUUCUCAUCACAAGAUACGACAUCUGCAUCUACAAGAACAAGCCCUGUGGAACCCUGGGUCUGGCCCCGGUUGGUGGAAUGUGUGAGCCAGAGAGAAGCUGCAGUAUAAAUGAAGAUAUUGGGCUGGCCACGGCGUUCACCAUCGCUCAUGAGAUCGGACACACGUUCGGUAUGAACCAUGACGGAGUCGGGAACGCGUGCGGAGCGCGAAGCCAGGAGACAGCCAAGCUCAUGGCCGCCCACAUCACCAUGAAGACCAACCCCUUCGUCUGGUCGGCCUGCAGCCGCGAUUACAUCACAAACUUCCUGAACUCUGGAAUGGGAUCCUGUGUGAACAAUGUUCCUCCGAAGCAGGAGUUUGUGUACCCCACCACAGCCCCGGGGCAGGCGUACGAUGCAGACGAGCAGUGCCGCUUCCAGCAUGGAGUGAAAUCUCGCCAGUGUAAAUACGGGGAGGUGUGCAGUGAGCUGUGGUGUAUGAGUAAGAGUAACCGCUGUAUAACCAGCAGCAUCCCGGCCGCUGAAGGCACCAUCUGCCAGACCAGCACCAUAGAGAAAGGGUGGUGCUAUAAGCGAGUGUGUGUUCCUUAUGGGACUCGUCCUGAGGGAGUGGACGGCCAGUGGGGUACGUGGUCACCGUGGGAGGACUGCAGCCGGACGUGUGGGGGCGGAGUUUCUUCAUCCAUUCGCCACUGUGACAGCCCUAGGCCGACCGUUGGAGGACGCUUCUGUUUGGGGGAGAGGAAGCGCUUCAGAUCCUGCAACAUUGAAGAGUGUCCCCCUGGCUCUCAGGAUUUCAGAGAGAUUCAGUGCUCUGAUUACGACAGCGUUCCCUUCCGAGGGAAAUUCUACACCUGGAGGCCGUACAGGGGCGGUGGGGUCAAAUCCUGCUCUCUGAACUGCUUGGCCGAGGGCUACAACUUCUACACUGAGCGCGCUCCAGCCGUGGUGGACGGGACUCCCUGCAGGGACGACUCUCUGGACGUGUGUGUGAACGGAGAGUGCAAGCAUGUGGGAUGCGAUAAAAUCCUUGGCUCGGACGUCCGAGAGGACCGCUGCCGUGUGUGUGGGGGGGAUGGAAGCAGCUGUGAGGCCAUCGAGGGCGUCUUCAAUGACUCACUGCCUGAAGGAGGUUAUGAAGAGGUGAUCAGGAUUCCUAAAGGAUCUGUGUUCAUACAUAUUCAGGAGCUCAACGUGUCCCUUAAUUAUUUGGUUCUGAAGAGUAAAGGUGACCAGUACUUCAUUAACGGUAAACUGACCAUCGACACGCCUCGCCGGUUUGACAUCGCAGGAACCACCUUCCACUACCGUCGUCCCGCAGACCAGCCAGAGACCCUAGAGGCCCUGGGGCCCACCAACAUGACCCUUAUUGUAAUGGUGCUUGUGAGGGAAGAGAAUCCAUGUAUUCAUUACCGGUUUAACCCCCCUGUGAGUCGAGACACCCUGAGUGGAUUUGCCUGGCAUUACACAUCCUGGAGUCGCUGCUCUGUUACCUGCGCUGGAGGGUUUCAGAUCCAGCAGGUCGUGUGUAAGAAACAAGCAGAUCACUCUGUGGUCUACAACCACUUCUGUGACAAGAGGAACAAACCUAAAGACAAGAAACGUCCCUGCAACACGGACCCCUGUCCCCCAACUUGGUGGGUGAGCGAGUGGUCAGAGUGCAGUAGAAGCUGUAGUGGUGGGGUGCGGACCCGCGAGGUUCUGUGUAAGAGGAAAAUCACACCCACAGAUGAGAAAGUUCAGGACGAUUGGUCCUGUACCGCCCCCCGGCCCCCCGUCACUGAGCCCUGCGACAACCACACCUGCCCACCGGAGUGGCACGCACUGGACUGGUCUGAGUGCACUCCUAGCUGUGGUCCUGGUUACAGACAGAGAGUGAUCCUCUGUAGAAGUGGAGAAGGUGGAGAUACUCUGAAUGAGUCUGAGUGUCCGAAGCAUGGCCGUCCCACCACUAGGAUGCGCUGUAACCUGCAGCGCUGCCCACCUCCACAGUGGCUCGCCGGACCCUGGGGCGAGUGCUCAGCUAAGUGUGGUCUGGGGCAGCAGAUGCGCUUGGUGCAGUGUUUGUCACACACAGGCCAGCCGUCCAGCGAGUGCCCAGAAAUGCACCGGCCGGCCGCCAUGCAGCAGUGCAGGAGCCGGUGUGACCUCAGCAGCCCCACAGAUGACCCCGAGGGUGAGAGGACAAAGGACACUCAGACACACUCUGAGACACUCACCGCAGAAUGCAAAGAUGUGAACACAGUGGCGUACUGCCCCCUGGUGCUCAGGUUCAAGUUCUGCAGCCGUGCUUACUUCCGACAGAUGUGCUGCAAGACCUGCCAAGGACACUGACCUCCUGUCUCCCUCUCUCCUCUCGUCUUCUCCAUCACUCUGCCUGAGCCAGCUCCGCCCCGGCUCCACAUUCCAGAGCAGAGAGAGAGAGAAACAGAGCGAGAGCGAGAGAGAGAGAGAAACUGUGCUGCUGUCUUUAACUAUCCAGUCCAGCUGCUCUGAAUAUCGGACGGUCAGAGACUCGUCUGCCUUCUUUUAGCUCUCUUUAGCAUGGUGCUAGUCUUGUGUCGGCCAUACCGCGUACCCUCAGCUCUCUCAGAUCCGGCCGGGUCCAGCCUCUGAGGACCACAGCACUGCACACUUCAGUGUUUUCAUUUAUCCGCUGCUACACAAGAAAAAUAUUUUACAUUAUAAACACUAUUUUUUUACACAUUGUUGUCAACAAGUUACAUUUCAGAAAGAGUUUGCCUCCACCCCCCC